AUGCAAAAUCCAAUUGCCAAACGUGCAAGAUUAGACAUGCAAAAUAAGAGAAGAGAGAAAGAAACAGCUGAUCAGCGUGCAACACGUUUAGACCAGAGACGCGAACAUUACUUAGAAAUUGUAUCAGCUCUAACACCCGAACAGUAUCAAGCAAGAAUCUCUCAAGCUAGACAAAAUAUGUCUCAAUUACGACAACGUGUACGAGCUGAUAUUGAAACUUUCGAGGAAACAAUCAACACCUUCUGUAAUGAGACAUGCGAAGUUUGUACUAAGAAAUGCUAUCCAACCCAAAUAGUGUCCUGUCAACCAAGUCCGCAAGCAUUAGAAUACUUCCCUAAUGAGUUGAAGAGAUCAGAGCCACUUAGAGUUUGUCAUAGAUGCAAGACUCAUAUCACAAGCAAGAAGACUAUGUGGCCAUCAAAAGCAUACUGGAACAACCUAGAUCCAGGUGUAAUUCCAGAUGAGAUCCUUCAACUAAGUAAAGCUGAACAAGGAUUACUGGCGAGAGUUACACCAUAUGUGAAAAUCAUCCAUCUCCCAGGAAGAUUUGGUCAAUACGGAUUUCGUGGACAAGCAGUGCUAUUUGCUCAAGACCUCUUUGAGGUGACAGAAAAGCUUCCUCAUAUGCUACCGAGAUCAACAAGCGAUUCACAAAUGAUGGUAGUAACUUCGCACUUGGAAAACCUUAACAUAACCAGAGAAUAUACUGUUUCAAGAACACGACUCAAUGAUGCAUUACAGUGGCUAAUCGAUAAUAACCCACUGUACAAAGAUGUAGUUAUCGACCACGAUGUUCGGUUGAACCAAAAUGACUUAAUUCGUGAACAACAAGCUGAAGAAGAGUCAGGUCAGAAUCAAGAGACUAGUGCUUACAAAGAGAUCGGAACAUCAUCUAGAAUACUACGAGCAUCAUGGCACCAAGGAAAUGAGUCGAUGUUCACAUCUGGUUACGCUGGUGUACAGUGCGCAGCGAUGGUAUUGGCAAAUAUAGUAAGAGCAGUGAUUAUACCACCUAAUCAAUGGACUAAGCUAAUGCUCGAUGGAAAUAUGAUAGCUGGAGACGAGAUAUACACUAAGAUAAGAAACAGUUCCAAUAGAAAUCUCGAUGUGAAUGGACAUUUGGAUAUACGAGACUUCAAUAACAUCAGAGGAGGUUUCCAAAUGUUUGAGAACAGCUUUAAUAUCAACUAUGCGCCAGAAUCACCAUUCUUUGGUAGUUUAAGAGAUAGUGUAAAUGCCCCUCCAUCUGUUGGUCAAACGUUAAUGGCUUCUCUUCAGUCACUAUUUGAGAGCCAUAGUUCAGGAGUUCUGAUUGCUGAGUCACUAUCAUUAGGAGUCAUGCAUUACAAUGAUAGAUAUUACUUCACAGACUCGCAUUCUUGUGGUGCUAGAGGAGUAAAAGCUGGUGAUGGCAAAGCUUGCAUUAUAGAGUGUGAUAAUAUUACAGAACUUGUAAGAAUAUGUAAGCGAGCCACAGGAUCAGCUAACAAGCCAUAUACACUAGACUUCAUAGACGUCCACCUGACUAAUGGUACAAUAAUCUAUUCCAAUGACUGUGAAAUUCCGAUCGAAGAGCCAUUAAUUCAAAUGUCACAGUUCUCAGAAAUACCAGUGCUAACAUCUGUGAUGGGACCAAUAGACUGUGUACAGCCAGAUGUCGAAGAAGAGCUUGAAGUGUCUGAGAGCCUGAAUGAAAUAGUACGAAAGACAAGAGACAACCUCGUCAAUGAAGCUCAUGAAUGGAAAUCAGAGGAAUUCGCAUGGUAUUAUUUGUUCCCAAAUGGAGUUAAUGGACUUAAGGAUCAACGACCUGUAAAGAUCACACCACUUGACUACUACCAGUUUCGAAUACUAGGGUCCGAUACAAGAUUCCAAAGCAAUGCAUACUUGUUCUACGCAUUGUCCUUCUUCGAAUACUAUAGAGUCAAGUCAACAAUUGCAGCUUGUGGUAAGAAGAUAGAAGGUCCUGAUGGAAAAGUAGAAGAUGUUCACCUCUAUGUGAGAAACUUGAGAGGCUCUUCUGCAUACUGGCGUUCAGCGAUGAAUGAAUUAAUUGCACAGAUCAGAUGUUUAGGACCUCCAACAUACUUCCUUACCUUCAGCUGCAAUGAUCUCAACUGGUUGGAUAUGAGAAAAGCCCUGUUGAUAGCAGAUGGACGACCAAAUGAAGACCCUGCAAGCCUCGAUAUGUUCACAACACAAAUACUAAUUGAAAAGUAUCCAGUAAUAGUCAGCCGCCACUUCAUGAUCAGAGUUAAAGCUCUCAUGAGAAUCCUCAAGAAUAACACUGACGUAUUUGGUGGAAAAAUGGUUGACUACUGGUGGAGAGUUGAAUUCCAAGUGAGAGGAAGUCCGCAUUUACAUAUGGUAGUAUGGAUAGAAGAUCAUCCAUCCUUCGACACACCAGAAGGAAUUGAGAAAAUCGAUCGUAACUGCUCAUGUGAAAUACCUGAAGAAGGAUCGGAUUUGUAUGAGCUUGUAAUGAAAUCGCAAAUCCACCGCCAUACACACACUUGUAGUAAGAAUGACCCUAACUCGAAUGUAUGCAGAUUCAGUUUCCCACGGCAAGUAUGCGAAGAAACUAAAAUCGUUGCCCACUCAUCAGAUGAGUUUAUCAGAAGUGGAGGAAGAAUAUGCAUACUCAAGAGAAGGCAACAAGAUAAAUGGGUCAAUAACUACAAUCCGACACUUCUCAAGUUGUGGAAAGGUAAUAUGGAUAUACAACCAUGUGGAUCUAAUGAAGCGAUAGCACAUUACAUUGCAAAGUACAUGUCGAAACCAGAGCCUACAACACUUGACAGAGGUGUAGCACAAGCCAUACAGCAAAUACGACGUGAAGAGACAAACAUUUCUCGGAAGCUCUUCAAGAUAUGUAUGAAGAUCUUAGGACAAAGACAGAUAUCAGCAUGUGAAGCUGUGUUCCGGUUAGCUCAUCUAAAUAUGAAAGAAAGCUCAAGAAAGACUGUGUUUCUCAACACACGCAAACCUGAACAACGCUACAAGAUGUUGCAAUUCGAUCAACAUGGACAUGCAUCGGGAUAUUGUAGCAACAUAUUCAAUAGAUACGAGCAAAGACCUGAUACACAUCCUAAAUUCGACUUCGAUAAUAUGAGCUUAAUCGAAUUUGCUAUGCUGUUUGAGCCUCACUACCGGAAGCAAGAUGGAGAUAAUGAAGAGAGUAUCGAUUAUGAUCCUUCUGAAGAAGAGUUCUCUACAACUCGAACGAUAGUCAGACUGAAAGAUGACACCAGAAUGGUAUUGAGAACUAGACCAGCAGUUAUACAAGUACCAUUCUUCAUGGCAGCUAAUGAUCCUGAGAAUUACUACUAUAGCUUCCUCGUUCAGUACAUGCCAUACCGCCAAGAAAGAGAGCUGAUUGAAGACUAUGAUUCAGGACAAGAGGCAUUCAUCGCACGAGAAGAACGACUAAAGGAAAUAAGCAAAUAUAUGGAGACAUAUAGAGAGCGUGAUAAGCAGUUACAAAAUGCCUUCAACCAGGUGCAUGCAUUCGAGAUUCUAGCGGAAGGUGCACCAAUUGAAGAGGAGCCCUAUGAGGAAGAAAUUCCUGAAGUUGGAAUGACUGAUGACCAAUUUGUAACUGCACAGCGAGCGAUGAAUGUAGGCCAGCGAGAAUUGUUCAUCCACAUAACACAGAGCAUACAGGAUCAGAUGAAUGGAAGCACUGAUCGAGAGAGACUCUUCAUAACUGGUGGUGCAGGUACUGGAAAGACAUUUGUGUUCAACCUACUAAAGAAUCAGGUGAACAGAUGUUAUGGCAAAAUAGCUACAAAAUCAGCAGCGUUAACAGGAGUAGCAGCACGACUAGUUGGUGGUAUGACAUUGCAUAGCAUAUUGAAACUCCCUGUAGAGAAGAAUGGUAGAACAACAGGACUAGCAAUCCUGACUGGUAACGUUCUCCGAACAAUGCGUAUGCAAUGGAAAGAUAUAGAAUUCCUCUUCAUAGAUGAGAUCUCUAUGGUGUCAUACCAGGUAUUAUGCAUGAUUGAUUCGCGCCUCAAGCAACUUAAGAAUAAUGACGAGUUAUUUGGAGGUAUCAAUGUACUUCUCUUCGGUGAUCUCAUGCAAUUACCACCGAUAAGAGCAAAUCAAGUGUUUGAACAGCCAACAUCAAUGAGAGCAGCCAUACAUCUCUGGAGAAUAUUCACACUAGUAGAAUUAACACAGAAUAUGCGGCAAGAAGGUGACACCACAUUCAUAGACAUCUUGAAUGCAUUAAGAGUUGGUGAAUUGCAGCCUCAUCAUAUGGCAGUACUGAUUAGUAAAGUUGGAAACAACUUUACAGGUGAGUUUUCCAUAGAGAAGGCACUUCGAAUAAGACCUCAUAAAAAAACAGUUGCCGCACAUAACCAACAAGUCCUAGAUCACUUCAGAAGUAUUGGAACAGAGAUGUUUAUGAUCAGAGCUCAGGAUACGCUAGUGGAUGCUACCAGAAACGAGGAAAAUAUCGAUAUGGAAAGAGCAGUGCCGAAGGACAUCGACAAUACGGCUGGACUUCCGAAAGAGCUGGAGAUAUUUGUGGGAGCAAAAGUGAUGCUAAGAAUUAAUAUGGAUGUUCAAAAGGGACUGGUGAAUGGUGCAAUGGGCUUCAUAUCCGAAAUCAUAUGGCCAUUGUUUCAUAGAGGACAAUUACAUGAUUAUGACAUACCUUCAGUCCGCAUCGACUUUGGCAGAGAUGGCAUCCAUACAAUCAAACCAGUAUCGAAACAAUUCCCUGCCAACUACAGCUAUGGCACUAUCGAAAGAAGAAUGCUACCAUUAAUACUCUCAUGGGCUUCUACAGCACAUAAGAUGCAGGGAUCAACUGUAGACUACGCAGUAUUGGAUCUAGGAUCAGAUGUAUUUGCAGACGGUCAGGCAUACGUAAUGCUCAGUCGAGUAAGAUCUCUUGAUGGUGUUCUGAUUGAGAAGCUAGAAUGUGAGAAACUAACAGGCAAGAAACCUUGCAACAAGGAAGCUUUGAAAGAAAUGGAAAGACUUAGAGCCAUUGCACGAGACUAA